CCGGCGGGGAGGCUGCCCCGCAGUCCCCUACGCGCCGCAGCUCCCGCGAGCUGGCCAGGCCGCCCUGAAUGCCUAGGCAGCCUGAGCUCGACGGGAAGCUCGCUCCCGAGUGGGGGGCUUGAAGUGUGGCUCGGAGCGGUGGCUCUGGGGGAGAACCAUUCGGGGACUCUGAUGUGUGGCUGCGCGGUGGACGUCUGGUGGCGCCUUUGCCCGAGGCUGACCUCCUAUUGCACCGGGGAGAAGCGGCAAAGACCACAGAGCUGACUCCCCGAAGCUUUCCGUCUGCAGAGCACGGGCAAGGGUCGGGCCACGCUGUAACCAUGCCCGUGUCCCCACAAAUGAAUGGAGACAGCUACAGGCAGGUCACUGGGUCCGGAUCUCUGUCCGGUCUCCGCCGCUCGGGCACCUGAUCCCGACAUUAGCAUAAAGGAGGUGUCCAAUGAACGGCUGAAUGAAUGAAUAGGGCUGGGAACCCGCCGCGAGCGGGAAGCCACUUGGAAAACACCCACUUGAGGAGGCGUCUCGUCUAGGCCUGUGAAACGCUCACAUUUUCCCAGGACCCCUCCUCCCGGCCCCGGGGCCCCGCCUCCUGACCCCUCCAGUCCUUGUCCCCGUAGUAAUCCCCUCCGGUUUUCCUCAGUCUCCACGUACGGCCCCCGAUGGCGCGUCUCAAAACCCGGAUAACCGGAGCGCUCCCCAUGGACUACACGGAGGGCUCGCCCGCGGAGGAGCGGCCUGCGCAUGCUCCAUCGCCGGGGAAGUUUGGUGAGCGGCCUCCACCUAAGCGACUCACUAGAGAAGCUAUGCGAAAUUAUUUAAAAGAACGUGGGGAUCAAACAGUACUCAUUCUUCACGCAAAAGUUGCGCAGAAGUCGUAUGGAAAUGAAAAACGAUUUUUUUGCCCUCCUCCUUGUGUGUAUCUUAUGGGCAGUGGUUGGAAGAAAAAAAAAGAACAAAUGGAAAGAGAUGGUUGUUCGGAACAAGAGUCACAACCCUGUGCAUUUAUUGGGAUAGGAAAUAGUGACCAAGAAAUGCAGCAGCUGAACUUGGAAGGGAAGAACUACUGCACAGCUAAAACAUUGUACAUAUCUGAUUCAGACAAGAGAAAGCAUUUCAUGUUGUCUGUAAAAAUGUUCUAUGGCAACAGUGAUGACAUUGGUGUGUUCCUCAGCAAGCGGAUAAAAGUCAUUUCCAAACCUUCCAAAAAGAAGCAGUCAUUGAAAAAUGCUGACUUGUGCAUUGCCUCAGGAACAAAGGUGGCUUUGUUUAAUCGGCUUAGAUCCCAGACAGUUAGUACCAGAUACCUGCAUGUAGAAGGAGGAAACUUCCAUGCUAGUUCACAACAGUGGGGAGCAUUUUAUAUUCAUCUCUUGGAUGAUGAUGAAUCAGAAGGAGAGGAGUUCACAGUCCGAGAUGGUUACAUCCACUAUGGACAGACUGUCAAACUUGUGUGCUCAGUUACUGGCAUGGCACUCCCAAGAUUGAUAAUUAGAAAAGUUGAUAAGCAGACAGCAUUACUGGAUGCAGAUGACCCCGUAUCACAACUCCACAAAUGUGCAUUUUACCUUAAAGAUACUGAAAGAAUGUACUUGUGCCUUUCUCAAGAAAGAAUAAUCCAAUUUCAGGCCACUCCAUGUCCGAAAGAACCAAAUAAAGAAAUGAUAAAUGAUGGAGCUUCCUGGACAAUCAUUAGCACAGAUAAGGCAGAGUAUACAUUCUAUGAGGGAAUGGGCCCUGUCCUUGCACCAGUCACUCCUGUGCCUGUCGUAGAAAGUCUUCAGGUGAGCCCACUUAGUCACAAGUUGAAUGGCGGCGGGGACGUAGCAAUGCUUGAACUUACAGGACAGAAUUUUACUCCAAAUUUACGAGUAUGGUUUGGGGAUGUAGAAGCCGAAACAAUGUACAGAUGUGGAGAGAGCAUGCUCUGUGUGGUCCCAGACAUUUCUGCAUUCCGAGAAGGUUGGAGAUGGGUCCGGCAGCCAGUCCAGGUUCCAGUAACUUUGGUCCGUAAUGAUGGAAUCAUUUAUUCUACCAGCCUUACCUUUACCUACACACCAGAACCAGGGCCGAGGCCACACUGCAGUGCAGCAGGAGCGAUCCUCAGAGCCAACUCAAGCCAAGUGCCCACCAACGAGUCAAACACAAACAGCGAGGGAAGUUACACGAACGCCAGCACAAAUUCUACCAGUGUCACAUCGUCCACAGCAACCGUGGUGUCCUAACUACCGUCUUUUUGCUAGGACUUAAACUGACUUGAAUGUGGCAAAAAGUUGAAAAAACAAAAAAAGGAAAGAAAGAAAGGCAAGGAUAAAAUGAACAAUCUUUUGUGGUUUCUUGGGAAAACUUUUCAUACCAGGUGAUCUAUUCAAAACCCCAUUACCUGCAAGUGCUGAUGUGAAACACAGAAGCCACAGUAAAACGGAAAACAUCAAAGUGUAUAAACUGUUGGAAAUCACGGUUUUCAGCUCUCUUCUCUCACACACACACACACCUUUUUGGUUGGUUUUUGAUUGGUUUUGAUUAAAUGGUCAAGAAAUAGAUAUGUGGCUGGUGUACAGGUUAAGCUAGAAGACACAAAUCUUAACGUAGUUUUUAUGGACCAAGGGACUUGCAUAAGCUUUAGUAAAAGGUACAUUUUCACCAUGCCUUUUUUAUAUCCCAGUAUGUAGUACACCUUAUUACCAGUAGGUUGCACUCUCCACCCUUUUGAGCUUUGGCUCUAAAGUACAUUCAGGUUCAAGCCUGACCAUGCUUGUUCAAUCUGAGUACCGAACACUUCCAGGUUCUUUUGGUCUAAGGCUGGAACUUUUUUAAGCUGAAGUCUUAUGACUUUUUCAUAAGUUGGAAUUAUUUUGAUUUCAGCAAAUCAAAUUUUGUAAAGGCCUGCAUAUUUUUUUUAAGAUUAUAUGAAGUCUGUGCAAAAGCUUUAAAAAAAUGCCUCUGCCUUGCCUGCAAUACAUGCAAUGUAUGUUAACUUAGUCUAUUCUCAGAUACUGUUGGUAGUUAUUUCUGUUUUCCUUUUUUUAAAAAAAAAUGUAUUUAUAGUGGUAAUCCAAGAAAUUCUAACAUGUACGUGGAGUUCAGUGUGACCAUUUAGUCAUUUCCGAGUUAAUGGCACAGAACAUCACCAUUUGAAGGGUUUGCGCCUCUUUGCCUGUUCAUCAGUUUAUCUGUGUUCCAGGGUUUGUUCAGGUUUCCUUCCUUUCCCAAAUCUUGUACAUAACUUGUAUUAUGUGUAAGUUAAACAUUUUAUCUUUAACUUGGAAUGUUCCCAGUGCUUACAUUUAACAGGGUGUUUCCUACCUUGUUGGCAAAUGACAAAAAAUAUCAUGAGAAUUAUUUGCUGCCAAGAUGGUGCCCUUAGGGUAAAAUGAGGAAAGUCUCUGCAAGAUGAUCUAUUGUACUUUAUUUUCCUUUUUUUAGCCUAGGCCAGAACUUCAUAAUUCUGAACAUAAGAUCAUAAGAUGGCUUUUAUUAGAUGAUAACUAAAUAAACUGAACUAAAUAAAAUAGCCAGAAGACAGUACCUUAGAAACAGAUAGUUGUAAGUUUAUAAAAAUACAAAUGUAACAUAUUUUCAUUUCCCAUUUUGCCCUUUGUUUAUUUUUCCCUAGUAGAAAUGUUCUGUCCAAUUUUUUUUUCUUUUCUGUUAAACUUUGAUUGCAUUCAGGCUUGUGUGUCAGCCUUGUGUGCUAAUAUUGCCAGUUUUAUUUUGCUUCCAUUCCUGCACUUUGGUGAUGCCUUGUUCAGUUUCUUGGGAAUUGCAGCAGACUCAUUGGGCUACAUUUAGUACAGGAACCACACGUGUGUGUUAAAGGACACAGUCUAGUGAUGCCAUUCUCCUUUGUAGAGUAAAAACUACCUCUAGAUUGUGGUAAGCUUUUACUGUCCCUUAAAACAGGAGCCACAAGUACCUUCUGAUGCAACUGUAACUUCUCCAGCAUUUUCGGUGUCUUUCUGACUCCCUGGCCUUCUGAAAGUUUUCAUGUAGUCUUGUUAAGAAUCCUUUGUCAGAGCCUUGUUUUCCACCUGCUUUGUUACCCACUGUUUCCUGAAGACGGCUACUGUAAAUGCCCUCGAACAUCUUUAAGCUGCCUCCUCCUUGGUUUUUCAAGGGGAAGGCCAUCUGUAAAAUGUGCUGGUUAAAUCUGUGGCUGCAGCUUUCUGUUACCGCCAGCCUUCUUCAUCACCCCCAGGCUGUGCUCUGCUCACCAUUUCUCUCCAGAUCUGUUCCAGCCAGUGUCCUCCCUUCCUCAUACCUUCAUUCUGCCUCAGUGGUCAAGGGCAGAGCUCACUGUGGCCUUACCUACCUUUGUAGUAACUCUUCUCAUCUUUCCUCCAAGUAGCACUCCUCGUUUGUGGUGGAAGCAGCACCUCAGGCUGUUGAGAGCCUGAGCGGUCUCAGUAUCGCUGUGCUGUCCCAGGUCACACAUCUUCUAGAUUUGGGAUUUAGUUAAGAAAGCAUUAAGUUAACUGAGAACAGAUGAGAUGCUUUUGAAGAACAAACUAUUCCUUACCCAGGUUUGUAGCUUACAAGUAACUGUUCAAGUUCAUGGCUUUAUUAAAAUGAACUUUGACUUUUUUAAAUGUUUAUAUCUUAUUCCGGUUCUUUUGUUUUAUUUUGAUAAGAAUUGAAAUAACUAGACUAUAAGUCAUUUUCCGGUUUUCUUUUUUUUACAAAGUCCAAGAAUGUAACAAUAAAGGCAUCUUUCCUAUGGUUUAUGCCAGAGUCCUACCACAGAAUAGAGUGAACUGAUGUCUGUUUUACCAUGUUAUUGAUAGUUCUUUUGUCAGCUGCUUUCAUUAAAAGUCAUUUUUGUGGA